AUGGGGCUACGACGAAAUUCCAAAGCGAAGAGCAAUAAGGAUAAGAGAGCAAAAAAGGAUGUAAUCGUGCCGUCUAAACCUCUACCAGUGACGCUUUUAUCGGGCUUCUUGGGCGCGGGCAAGACUACACUACUGCAGCAUAUCUUGCGAAGCGAUCAUGGUCUUCGCAUAGCUGUCGUAGUGAAUGAUAUUGGAGCAAUCAAUGUCGACGCUUCUCUUAUCAAAAGCACACAUCGUCUUACCAAGACGGAAGAAAAAGUCAUUGCGCUCCAAAAUGGAUGUAUCUGCUGUACACUGAGAGGAGACUUGCUAGAAGAGCUUGUGCGUUUGUCCCAGCUACAGCAAUUCGACUACAUCAUCAUCGAGAGCAGUGGUAUUAGCGAGCCAGAACAGGUUGCCGAGACGUUUGACGCGCGCUUGGCGGAGCAGAUGAGUCUCAUGACUGAAGGCGAGGGAAUGGCUGGCUUGGACAAGGAUAUGAUCAAGGUGUUGAGUGAAUUGAAGAAAGCUGGUGGACUGGACAAGUUUGCUCGUUUGGAUACUACAGUGACGGUCAUUGAUGCCUUUACUAUGCUCAAUGACUUUGACACGGCGGAUUUACUGUCCGGCCGAAGAGACGACGUUACACCAGAGGAUGAGAGGACCGUAUCAGAUCUCAUGGUCGAUCAGAUUGAAUUUGCUGAUGUGAUUAUUCUGAACAAGAUGGACAUGGUUAAUGAUGAAGUCAAGACCAAGAUCCUUGACAUCGUCAGGCAGUUAAACCACCGCGCCAAGAUCUUGGAGUCCAAGUACGGCAAAGUGGACGUCAAAGAGCUGGUCAGCACCGGGCUUUUCGAUCUCGAAGUUGCGCAGGCAGGGUAUGGCUGGCUGCAGGACUUGCAUGCCAUGACUGUUCGCGAGGUGAAUGGUAAAAAUGUCGUGACUCCCAAGCCUGAGACGGAAGAGUACAAUGUUCAGAGCUUCAUUUACACUCGGUAUCGGCCAUUUCAUCCGAGAAAACUGUAUGCUCUCGUGUAUGAUAAGUUUAUCCUACAGAUGGAGCAUCCAGAUGAGGAUGAGGAAGACGAUGAUGAAGAAGGUGAAGAAAAAGAGGGAUCAGAUACUGAGGAUGCUGAAAUGGUGGACUACGAGGAUGUCACAAGCAUAAACUCUUCCACGGGAGACAUCGCCGAGCCACAUGCCUCUUCACCCCCCUCUCAUACCCCUUCAACUCCCGCAACCACUCCAUCCCUCCAUGGUGACAGCAAAGACAGCAAAAACAUGGAUCUCGACAUGGUCAUGCCCUCAAAUGAAACAAUUCUCGCCAACAAGAGAUCUCACCCAACUCUCGCUCGGCUCUUCCGUUCCAAAGGCGAGUACUUCCUCGCGACAAGACCCCAUCGUGCUGGCGAAUGGUCCCAAGCCGGCGCCAUGCUCACCCUGACCGGUGGACGAGCGUGGUUCUGCACUUUGCCCGCAGAGGAAUACACUACCGGAAGCGAAGAUGUCGACGCCUUGGUCAAGCACGACAUUGCCAAAGGAGGGGAGUGGGGAGACAGACGGCAGGAGAUUGUGUUUAUAGGAGAGGGCCUGGAUCACCAUGGCUUGGAGGCGAUGCUUGACGCGUGUUUGCUUACAGACGAGGAGUAUGAGAGCUGGAAGGGGGUGAUGAGGAGGGACGGCGUGGAUGAAGAGAAAAGGAGGGAGAUGCUGGAGGAGCUGUUUGAGGAUGGAUUUCCGGAUUGGGCAGGGGAUGGCGAGGACGAGGAAGAGGGGCACGAGGGGCAUAAUCACUGA